UCUCGGUGGAUGUGGCUUCUUCCUCGACGGGGAAUGGGGACAAUGGCUAGCAGCUAGUUUUGGGCAAGAAUGCCAAGCAUAGAUUGCGGUCUAGGUGUUGGCCUACCGGUGCCAAUGCAAUGCCUCUGCAUUCCUCUGUUGAUCCUAUCCUCAUGGGGACAAAAUAUGUCUGCUUUCAAAACCCAAACAAUUUGCCUCCUGGUGGUCGUGGCUCUAUCAAGGCUACAAGGGAAUAUAGAAAAACCCUCAAUGAUCGUUGGCUCUCCUCGGCUAGUGUUAAACCCCUCUUCCCUUCAAAAGGAAAAGAAAAUAAACCCAUACAUCCCCGCCCAUUGAAAUCUAACCCCUAUGCUCCUUCCACCCCUCUGUCAUCGAAUAACCCUAAUAGGGUCGUGCCUAAUCCCGUUGCCGCCCCUCCUUCUGCUUCCCUUUCAAUUGUGAAAAAACCCUUAACUAAGCAGUUUAAUUUGGAUUUGGAGCUACUCCGCCCCCAUUUGGACUUUUAUCAGAACAAAUCUAUUAUUACCCAUUACUUGGGCAAUGGUGUCGCUUUUCCAGAAUUGAAGGAGUGGUGGAAAAUCAGGUUUCACAAUAAGAUUAAAAGGCAAAGCAAGCCUGGGGAUACAAGUAAAUUUAGUGCCCAGCUGGCAGCAUUAGACCUAAGAAUUGUCCACAUAACAGCAGAUGGAAACUGUUUCUUCAGAGCUGUGGCAGAUCAACUGGAAGGUAAUGAAGAAGAGCAUGCAAAGUAUCGUCAUAUGGUGGUAGAAUAUAUCAUGAAAAAUCGUGAAAGCUAUGAACCUUUUGUUGAAGAUGAUGUACCUUUUGAAAAGUACUGUGAGAGUAUGCUAGAAGAUGGGACAUGGGCUGGUCACAUGGAGCUCCAAGCAGCAUCCUUGGUAACCCAGACCAAUAUUUGUAUUCACCGGGUAUUCACAUCAUCUACUUGCUUCAGCUUAUUUCACCCCGAUGGAACAUACACAAUUUUGAUAGAGUAGGUACGCGCACCCUCCAUUU